GGCUAGCCGCAGCUACAGUCCGGUACAAAAAAUGAAGCGACCAGAAGCAAUACGGGAAGCUGCCGUGGGGCUCUUUGGAUUUUGCUGAUGUGUGAGGAGACGCUUUUGUUUUCGUAAGAUCUCUGUCAAGGAGGUCAAAGUCAGUUUGGGCGGGAUGGACGAUCAGAAAUCAAACUGCGACGAAAGCGACUCUGAGCCAACAGCUGAUGACAAUGCUCCUGCUAGACAUCUUGGAGAGUCCCAGGCUCUCCCUGCUGCUGAGGAUGUGUCCAGUCCUACUGCCGCCUCUUCUAGUACACCUGUAGAGAGCGUAAGGGCUUGUGCUCUUUGCAACUGUGUGGAGCGCAGCCUUCAUGGACAACGGGAACUCCGACACUUUGGGUCGACUUCAGAACUGCCAACUCUGCAGCCGACUGCUUCUCAGCUGCCACAGCCUGGAAAUGAUGAAUUGUCUUCCAUUGGAUUUGCGGACACCAUCUGCCUAUCAUCGCUAUUUGAUGACUCAGGGGGUUGUUGGGUUCAUCACUGGUGUGCGAUGUGGUCAGAAGGAGUGCAACAAAAGGAUGAUGACGGGUUGGAGAACGUGGAUAAGGCUGUUAUCUCAGGGACACAGCGGCUUUGUGCAUACUGCAAACGGCUGGGCGCAACCAUUCGAUGCCAUGCUGAGGGCUGUUCAACCUUUUACCACUUCCCCUGUGCAGCAGCGAGUGGAUCCUUCCAAUCCAUGAAGCAGUUGGCCCUUCUCUGUCCACAGCACAUAGACAAAGCAGAAGAGUUAGCAGGGGAAGAGUCUUGGUGUGCAGUGUGUGACUCAGCAGGGGAACUCACAGACUUGCUGUUCUGUACGGGUUGUGGCCUACAUUAUCACGCGGCCUGUUUAGAAAUUGGGGCCACGCCCAUCCAGCGGGCAGGAUGGCAAUGCCCGGAGUGUAAAGUGUGCCAGACCUGCAGACAACCAGGUGAAGACUCCAAAAUGUUAGUUUGUGAUGCCUGUGAUAAGGGUUACCACACCUUCUGUCUGCAGCCCGCCAUGGAUUCUCUCCCCACAGAUCCAUGGAAAUGCAGAAGGUGUCGUGUAUGUAUGGAGUGUGGCAUUCGUGGGCUGGUUUUGCCUGGCUCGGCGCAGUGGUUUGACAACUACGCAGUGUGUGAGGCCUGCCAGCGUCAGCGCACCACCGUGUGUGGCGUCUGCGGCAAAGCUGCGCACCCAUCUGUGGCUCUUCAAUGCUGUACCCUGUGCCACAGGUGGGUGCACAGAGAGUGUGAAAUACCAGAAGUCAAAAGCAUUUGCCUGCUUUGUAAGGAGGUUCGACAUCAGCAGGAGCGUCUCCCCGAAGCGCACACGGCACAGACUCAAACGUCAGAGGUGGCGGAUGAGACCGAAGGACAGAUCCAUUUGGUGGAGAUGACAAUCCAAACAGAGGCUGACAUGAUGACAGAAAAGCCAGUAGAUGUGAUACAAGGCCAGGGAGGCACAUCAAAGAUGGGGUUGGCAGCCGCCACUGCAGAAGAAGCGACACCCAUGGACCUAGGUACGGAGGCUAUUGUUUAUGGGACAACGGAUGUAGGUGACAAAUUGUCAGAGGAGGAGCUGAAGAUUGACAAAGACAACUGCAUUUCAGAGAGGUCUGCUGCGACAUUUGAGUCUCCAGCUGAGGAGUAUUCAACCAAACAGGGCAGCCCUCAUCAACCUGUUGGUGAAAGGCGAGCAGAAGAGGCAGUCAGACAGGUGAUCCGAGCUGACUCGAGACUCAAAAUAGAGUCUCAAAAUCCUGAAGUAGAAGAAACACUGGAGGGCCCUGAAAAUAUGGAGGUGGAGAAUCAGGAGUCUCUUUUGUCUGUGGAUGGGCCUCGAUCUGCAGCAUUAAUAAAGGUCGGUUCUGGUGGCUUCCAAAGUGUCGAAUCAUUCUGUGAGACGCUGUCGGAGUUGCCACCCUCUCGAGCAUCUGUAGAGAAAGUGGAGAACGUACACCGGUCUGCUGAGCGGCACACAAGUCCAUGCCAGGCGCGCCCGUCAUCUUCUCAUCUUUUACCAUCGGACACACAAGACGGACUCUCUACGGUCAACAUGGAGGAGAGGCUACUACCUCACUCUGAAGAAGAGGAGGAGGAUGAAGAAGAUGACGAUGAGCAAAUGAGAAGGCAAGGAGACGAUGUGGACAUAAAAGAGGAACUACAGGAGGAUGAGGUGAAGCCAGAAUUGCUUCUGGAUGAAAUGUCCAACAUGAGCCACGGAGAUGAAAGUAGCAGCGGUUUCCUGGGCUCUCCCGGAGAAGCGGAUCCUCACCUUUCUAUGGAGCUCGGCCGCUCUGAAACCGAUGACUCACUUCCCUUUGAACCCCUUGGAAGUAACGCAGAAAAAGUGAAGCGCAGGGGAUCCCCCGGCCGCUCAAGGGUCAAACAGGGUCGAAGCAAUAGUUUCCCUGGAAAGCGUCGACCACGAGGAGGUGGUGCAGGGAGAGGGCGGGGUGGGAGGUCUCGCCUCAAAGCCAUGGCCUCUUGCAUUGAUGCCUUUUUGCUAAGCAUGACUGCAGACUCUGGAAUAAGUAAGGAGGAGGAUGAUGAGGAAGAUGACACCAUGCAGAACACAGUGGUUCUUUUUUCAAACACGGACAAAUUUGUGUUGCUCCAAGAUAUGUGCGUUGUAUGCGGCAGCUUUGGAAAGGGCGCGGAGGGGCAGUUGUUGGCUUGUGCGCAAUGUGCUCAAUGUUACCAUCCUUACUGUGUGAACAGCAAAAUCACAAAGACAAUGUUGCGCAAGGGCUGGCGCUGUUUGGAAUGUAUUGUGUGCGAAGUAUGUGGCAAGGCUUCGGACCCUUCCCGUCUGCUACUGUGCGAUGACUGCGAUGUCAGCUAUCACACCUACUGCUUGGACCCGCCGCUGCACACAGUGCCCAAGGGAGGUUGGAAAUGCAAAUGGUGCGUGUACUGUGUACAAUGCGGUUCCAACUCUCCAGGUUUCCACUGUGAGUGGCAGAAUAACUACACACACUGUGGCCCCUGUGCUAGCCUCGUCACCUGUCCAGUAUGCAGAGAGAACUUCAUGGAGGAGGAGCUGCUCCUGCAGUGUCAGCAUUGCGAUCGAUGGGUGCAUGCGGUCUGUGAGAGUUUAUAUACCGAGGAUGAAGUGGAACAAGCAUCCGAUGAGGGCUUUGCAUGUACAUCAUGCAGCCCAUAUGUUCCCAAACCUGUCGUUGAGUCGGCCAUUAUGGCUUCAAUAAGGAUCAAAGAGCCAGAGCCGCAGUUCUACCGGUUAGAGGGUGUUUGGCUGACAGAAUCAGGAAUGUCCCUGCUGCGGACCAUCUCCAUGUCGCCCUUGCUCAAGAGACGCCAACGUCGCUCUCGCCUUGGCACUUUGUGCUGUGAAGGAGGCCCUGAUGGAACGGAUGUGAGAGAGGAAGGAGAAGGGGAAGAGGGAAAAGUCUGUGGAGAGUCUAUGGAUUGUGAUGCUAAGAUGGAGAACCCUGGAAGCCCCGACAGAGAAGGUGCUGGUGAUGGAGUCACGGAUGGCAUGGCUGAGUGUGACGUUCUCAAAGGCGGGGUCGAUGAUACGGAAGACGGUAAAAAAAGAAAACGGAAGCCCUACAGGCCCGGAAUUGGUGGCUUCAUGGUUCGACAAAGGAAGUGUCACACACGCUUGAAGAAAGAGUUUUUUGCCCAGCUGGCUGGAGAGACUACUUUAGAUGGACAGCCAAUAGAGAGAACUAUUGAAGAGGGACCCCAUCCUGACACAGAUAACAUCAUGGACCCUAAACCAUUGGAGGGCGAGGAACAGGCUAAGAAACGUCGGGGACGAAAGAAGAGCAAACUUGAAGACAUGUUUCCAGCCUAUCUCCAGGAGGCUUUCUUUGGAAAGACACUUAUAGACUUGAGUAAGAAAGCUGUAAUGACAACCCCUGGACAGAGGCCAGCUGCAUGCAUUCUUCAACCUUCAUUACCAAAACCAUUGGCAUUCAAAACGACUUCCACAGAUACUGAGGCCAAGGAUCAUAUGGUGCAUAAUCUCAAGCAAGAGGGGGGUGAGGCCCCCCAUGCUCAGGGAGAAGGUGCAGGAGUCUCUGCGCCAUCCUCAAUACUGAAGGACCCAGGGUCAACUGAUCCUCAUGACUUUGAGGCAGAAAAACGUGAAGCUCUUCCACAAGGAGUAGAGAAUCAGGAUUCUGAGCAGUUUUUCAGGAAAGUUCUUGGAGUGUCAGAAGGCUCCACCCUGGAGGGUAUGAAGCCCAUCUCAGAGGGCAAUAAGGGAGAACUCAAUUGUAGGGCCCUGCCACAAAGACCUCUUCUCUCAGGGUCAUUGCCCUCAACUGCAGUUAUGGAUGCUUUCCCUGCCCUUUCUCAGUCACCAUUCUUUGACAUACGAGAAAAAGGAGGGAUGUUCAGUCCAAACGGUGGUGAGGAGAGUCCUUUGGCGACUCCGUCCACCCCGGCGACUCCUUCCUCACCGCCAACCCCCACUGAGGCAGAAGGCGAUGGACUGUCCUAUAACCAGCGCAGUCUCCAGCGAUGGGAGAAAGACGAGGAGCUGGGAGAACUAUCAACCAUUUCCCCUGUUCUUUAUGCCAACAGCAAUUUUCCCACUCUUAAACAGGACUAUCCAGACUGGGCAAGUCGUUGUAAGCAAAUCAUGAAGAUCUGGCGAAAAGUGUCAGCAGCUGACAAGGUUCCUUAUCUGCAAAAGGCCAAAGACAACCGAGCAGCUCAAAGGAUCAACAAGGCACAGAAGCAGGCAGAGAGUCAGGUGUGCAGGCCUGUCAAGGCCGAGCCAGCGCGUGUGAAAGGGGAAAGACCAAGUUUACACCUCCAGAUCCCGCCACCUUCUGGAUCUACGUCCAUCUCGUCUCAGCCAAGCUCGGCAGAAAGCCCAUUUCCUUUCCCCCCAGAUUCAGGAUCCUCCUCUGUAUUUUUCUCAGACGGUAUUGCGAAGACCCCAGGAUCAGCUGAAAUCCAUACAGAUCCUUUUGCCAAGCUCCCCCCUCAGUCACCACGUUCUCACUCCCACCCACCAACUCCUUUAUCCUAUGCUGGGGCCAGUCCCAUACAGGCCUCCUCCUCAGGUUAUUCUGCUUGCGGCCCACAGGGUCCUCCUCAGGGACGGCCAGCUAGUCUUGGCCCCUUUGACAUGCAACCAAUGACUUCAGGAGCCACCAGACGGGCUCAGCAGGUUGACCCCUAUUUCAGAUCACAGUUACAGCAUCAACAGGGUCAUUUGUCACAAGGCUCUCAAGAGUCCCUUACACCCCUACAAAGCCCUCAUUCAAGAAGUGCUGGGAUUGGGAUUGAGUCCCCCAUUUUCUCGCCACCUCAUAAUGCACAUUACGGAGACCCUCAAAGAACUUUGCAGACAGAUUACGGUUCAUCCCCAAUACCCUCAGUUGCGUCCUCACCUGCCAGCCAGUAUAGAGCUGAUAUGAGUGCACCUUCUCCUCGCGGCACUCCUGUCGGAAGACCCGACCUUGCCACUGGGUCCCCUGCUGGGAUGCUAGAGUCUGGGGAUGGACUAUUUAAGGCACCUUUGACACCACGAAUGCACCAAGGGGACGGUGUAGCGCUUCCUCCUGGAGCCUCCCCAAGCCACCCCUCCGAAGGGUACAGGCAGUCUCCCUCUCACCCUUUCUCUGACCAUCACAUUCAGUCUCCACUGGCUCCCAAGUUGCAGUCAGGUGACGGUUGCCCUCUUGGACCGCAGAGACAUCCGGUAACGCAACAAGAAAUGUGCUCGAGAAUUCCCUCCAGCCCACAAUCCCAGGGCAGUUGCCAGUCUCCCCACACUCCUGGGGGGCUCUCCAAUGAUGCUUAUUCUGCGCAGUCUCCUGUAACCCCACGUUUCCAGUCUCCAGAUCACUGUUCUCAGCCACCUUCAAGGCCACAAUCUAGAGACCCUUUCAUGACUAUCCACAAACCACCUCGCCCCACUUCUGCUGCACCAGAUGGUAGUACAAGUUUCAAAAGCUCACCUAAUUCAAAUCAGUCACCUCAAUUGCAUUCCAGCGGUAGUCCCAUCGGAGAUCUUCUUUCUUGCAAAUCCUCAGCACCCCCUCCUCCAUUUGGCCCUAGCACAGGAAGCAUCCAGAUAUCCCAACAGCAGGCACCAGGUCAGUCACAGCCACAGCAAAGCCAGCCGCAAACACAUCAAACUACUAUUGCAGACAGCUGCAGUUCUACACUGAUGCCUCCUUCUGGAUCUCAAGAUGCACCUCAUCAGCCAUCCUUGCCGGCUGCUCAAGAAAUGGCUGAUGUGUCAGCAGUGCAAGACCCUGCACUUGUGGGCCUGAGUCCAUCUGAGCUGGAGAAGCACAGACAGCGUCAGAAAUUGAGGGAAUUUCUAAUUAGACAACAAAUGCAACGGAACACAAUGAGACAAGAAAAGGAGGCAGCUGCAGCUGCUGCAGGCAACGCCUCUCCUGGAUGGCCAGGAGGAGAGAUGGGUGCAUUUCAACAAGAUAAGACCCACAGAGCACCACCACCUUAUCCACAGGAUCGUGUUGCUGUUAAUCCUGCUGGUGCUCAGGCCUCUGCUAUCGGAAAGCUCCCUGUGAAUGCCAGCGGCAUGGCUGAGAAGCUCAUUUGCCCAUCAUCCACAGGAACACCUGCUAUCAUGGAUCCUAGCACACUCAGGCCAUCAGGGCCCACCAAGCCUCAGGGCAUGUUUCCUCGUCCACCGUUCCCACCUCAGUGGCAUGCUGCAGGACCAAGGAGAUUCCCCCACCCUGGCAUGGAGGCUAUGUCCAUAAGGCACAAUCUCACUUCUGCUGUCAGCAUCCAGGGUAUGGAAGGCAUGGGUCACCCUCACACUAUCAUACCAGGGCACAGUGGAGAGAAUAUGCAAGCAAUAGGCCAAGGACCCCCACCACAGUUUAUUGAAUUAAGACACAAUUCACAGAGGCUACCACUUAGACCCCAGUUUAUGCCUCGUGGACCUCAGCCCAGACAGCGGCUCUUUGUCCCACAAGAGAUGCCAGCACCUUAUGUUCAGCAGCGUCCCAUAGCACAUGCCGGUGCUAUUCCGUCUGAGGGGGGUAUUGACUCCCAAUUGAAAUUACAGCAGCAGAGUGAACUAUCAGCUUUAUUACCUCAGCAGUCUGCAGUCCCAGGGACACAACAGCCCAUGGCAGGAGCUCCUUGCGUCGGACAUCGGCAGCUGUCACAGCCAAGUCUAGUCACAGAACAAACCCAAGCUGUUGUGUCAGAACACAACGAGACACUGCCAGAGCCUGAUCUUGACGGCCUUGGGGAUGCCCCCGGAGAUGGAGGUGUGGAGGAUGAAGAGGAUUUAGGUCUUGAUUUGGAUCCAGACAAAGGAGAUGAUGAAUUGGGAAACCUGGACAACCUGGAAACUAAUGAUCCACAUCUUGAUGACUUGCUUAAUAGUGAUGAAUUUGACCUGCUGGCUUACACUGACCCCGAACUCGACCAAGGAGACCCCAAGGAUGGCUUCUCAGAUCAGCUUCGUUUAGUAGAAGCAGAAAGUGAAACUCCGUCAACAGCCUCUGGAUCUGCACUUGUGACGGUGGAAGAAAAAGCCAAGUUGGAAUCGGGGCAGGAAUCCCUUUCAAAGACAGCAUCCUCGCCAGGCAGAUCAACCACCCAAAUGCCAUCCUCCCCUAACACAGCUGCCAACUCAAAAGUCAAAGUAGAAUCUCUCCCCCCUCAGCUCUUGUCAGGACAGAAUGUUGUAAAAGAUGAAAUGGUAGAGGCUGUCUCUUUGCUUCUGGGUGGGAACACAACUUCGGCCAUGCCUGCACAGCAAGAUCACCAGUCAGCUUCCCUCAGUUCUGUUCGUUUAGGGGGACUUCCAUACCCCCUACAAGGCCAGGAUGGACCCUUGCCUUUUCCUACUAGUGCUGCGCAUACAGAUAUUGGCGAUGAUACACUUGACCUGCCCGAUGUUGGAGGACAACCCUCUGCUGCUGUAGAUUUGGCAAAGGUAGAAAGCUCAUUGGAUGGGGAGCUGCCUCUCCUGAUACAAGAUCUUCUGGAACAUGAGAAGAAAGAGCAGCAGAAGCAGCAACAGCAGCAACAGCUUAGCUCCCUUCACCAGGGAGGCAUGGCGCCUCAUUUUUCUUGCGUUCCAAGUCAACAGUCAAAUCCCCAGGCACCCGUACCAUUAAUGCUGCCGCAACACCACCGUCUGCCAUCUCAAGCCGUGAUGGCCCAGCCCGGCAUGGUACCGCGUGCUCCACACAUGCUGCAGCAUCAACAAAGGCUUUUAGGAACAGCAAUGGCACAGUCACCUCACAUGGUCAUGAGCCAGCAGCAAGCCAUGGUGAGAAUGGGCCAGCCAGGAAUGCAUGCAGGUCUCAGUCACCCACCUCAGCAACCUGUGGUGAAGCAGUCACCUCUGGCCAACAGUUUCUUCCCAGACAAAGAUUUAGACAAAUUUGCCACUGAUGACAUCAUGGAUCCCAUUGCCAAGGCAAAGAUGGUGGCUCUUAAGGGUAUCAAAAGAGUGUUAGCACAGGACCCCAUGGUUGUGCCCUCUGGCAUUAACAGGCAACAGGUUUCUCUACUUGCUCAAAGGCUGUCAUCUGCCUCAGGUGCAGAUCCUGGUCAAAUUUCAUCAGUGCCUCCAAAAGAGGGAGAAACCAGUGAUCCCACCCAGUCGAGAGCAAACCCGCCUCAGUUUGUUCAAGGAGUUAUCAAUAAUUCUGAACAGCACCAGUAUGAGGAAUGGCUUGUUCACACUCAGCAAUUACUCCAAAUGCAGUUAAAAUUUUUGGAAGAGCAAAUUGGAGUCCAUCGAAAAUCACGUAAGGCGCUUUGUGCUAAACAACGCACUGCGAAGAAAGCUGGCAGAGAGUUUGCUGAGUCAGAUGCUGAGAAACUCAAGUUGGUCACAGAAGAGCAAAGUAAAAUUCAGAAACAGCUUGACCAGGUGCGGAAGCAACAGAAAGAGCAUACCAAUCUCAUUGCUGAGUAUAGAAGCAAGCAGCAGCAGCAGCAACAAGGCCCAGGUCUUCUAUCUCCUGGACAUUCUGCACAGGCAACCCCACCUCACAUGUUUCCCAAAUUACCUGGGCAGAUGAUGAUGGGUCAACAGGGAGGUCCAGUCAUUAGCCAGCACCCUGGUAUGAUUCCCCAAGGUGGAAUGCCCGUCCGGAUGCCCCAAGGUCAGCCUUUCAUCGCAAGAGCCCAACCUCAGCUUCCGGUACCUCUUGGAACCAACGGUGCUAGGCCUACAUGUCCCCCCGGUGCUCCAACCGGAUUCUUCUCACAAGGGCCACCUGGACUGCAGGGUGCUGACCCCAGGCUUCUCCAAGAAAGACAGCUUCAGCAUAGGAUGCACAUGGCAAAGCUCCAGCAGCAACAGCAAGCGAUGAUGGGCCAGCAGCAACAUCGAAAUCAACAGUCGGCCUUAAUAACUCAGCCACAGCCCGCUUUGAUGGGGAACCCACUUGGAUCCCAGCAGCAAGCAAAUCUUCAACAGGAGAUGUUAGCCAAUCAGGUGAAUCAGCAGAACAUAGCUCAGGUUCCACAAGUAAUGGGUGCAGCCCCAACUGUGGCUCCACCACCUCAGAACUUUAGUGCUGGCCAACCCAAUAACCAGCCUCAAGCCAUGGUGGCUUCUCAACCUGGGUUGACUGGAAACCAUCCAGUUACACAGCAAGAGCAGCAGAGGGCUCCAAUGAUGGGUCAGCAGGGAAUUAUUGUCUCUCCAGGUCAUCUUGUCCUCAGGGGUCCCCAGGCUCAGAUGGCUCAACAACAACAGAACAUUCUGGCUCAAAGGGUGCUUUCUUCUCAACAGCAGCAGCAGCAGCAACAGCAGCAGCAGAAUGUCGCAAAAUCCUUUGCGCAACUUCAGCAGCAAUCCAUGACACAACAAAGGCAACAAACACCAUUGAUGAUUCAAUCAAGCCAAGAGCAAGGAAGGCUUUCCCAACCCUCUACGCCACAAAUGGGCUCAUCCCCCUCAACAGGCCGUACCACUCCUCAGCCAUUAGGAGGUGCAGAUAGUCAAAUAGGGGUAAAUAAAGAGGGUGACAUUCUCAGCCCGGAUAUCCAAACCCCAUCACAGCAUAGUGGAUCCUCCACCCCCAAUCACACGACCCAAGUAGGUCCCACAAAUGAUCAGCAAGCCGAUUUGGGCCCACAAUCACUUCAUCAGCAGCACCAAGACCAGGCAUAUGUGGUGCAGCAACAAACACCACUUCCUGAUCAACAAACCAGUUUGGUUUUGAAUCAACAGGCAAGUGUGGUUCAGCAACAGCCACAGAGGCAAGAUCUGGGUACUACUGACAAGCCCGCAGUGAUGGUGGUUAAAGAAGAAGGGAAAUCUGUGGAUUUCUUAGGCCAGCAGCAACAACAACGGCUACAAACUGCUCAGAAUGUCAUGCAGCAAUCUCAAGAUCCCAACAUCCAGCAACAGAUUAUUGGCCAGCCACAGUCGGUUUUAAUGAAUCAUUCUCAACAGCAAAGCCUCAUUGCACAGCAGCAGAAACAACAGGCCAUGAUGGGCAUGAUCAGAGCUCAGCAGCAAGGCAUGGUGGCACAGAGGGCUGCGGUUCCACCUGCAGCUGUACGCCCCACUAUCAACCUCCAGGUGCAGGCUAUCAUUGCUCAAAAUCCACAACUGCGCAAUCUACCCCCAAAUCAACAGUUACAACACAUUCAAGCUAUGAUUGCACAGAGACAGCUCCACCAAGCACAACAAAGUCAGUUGAGACAUCACGCGUUACCGGGACAGGCGCCACAUGCUGGAAAGCAAAUGCCAAGAAUGGAAGGGCAAAAUAUACCGUAUGGCGCCACGGGGAAGCCAGGAGGUAUGUGCGCUCAGCAACAGAGUGGUUCUCCUCAGUUCAAACAGGGAAUGAUGGUCCCAGGGCAACCACAGCCGCAAAUAGGAGAAGCAAUCCAACAUCCGGUUAUGAGAGGACAGUUACCAGUGCCACGGUCUCCGAUGGACCACAGCCGUAUGAUCAGGCCCACAUCACCUCGUCAGUCACUACCCACGCACCCAGGUGAUCUCAGACAUCCGCUGAACCAAAUUGUAGGGAUGCGCACACCGACGCCUAACCAGCACCAACAGCAGCAGGCGCUAGGAGCAUCUGGAGGAGUCCGCAUGCAGGGAUCCCCUGCUCAUGCAUAUUCUCCAAGAGGUUCUUUUGGCAUGAGCCCCUCACACCCAUCCCAUGUCACGACACCUUCGGUAGCCGACAAUAGAGCUGGAAGGGGAAGUCCAUACAGUCAAGUCAAAUCGUCUCCACUUAGGUCACCAGGAGCCAAGACUCCACUUGACUGUGCUGGGCUGAAAAUCGAAUCGCAGACGUCCGUUAGUGAAACACCCCCUACAACUACGCUGAUUCCAAAUGGUCCUCAGACAGGAUCAAAUGUCCAGCAACAGUCACCACAAGUUGCCGAAAGCCUUGCUCCUCGCCCACUGCAUGGCUCUACAGAAGGGAAUCUAUGCAAGUUGACGCUGCAAAACAUUAAACAGGAGCCAAGGGAGGUACACUGUGAUGGUGCAGGAGAAGCCCACUCUGGUGCUAUAAAGCGAGAAGCGACAGCUGACAUGGUUUCUUCUGGGAGCAACUCUGCAUUCAUUAAUGCAGAUGACACCAGAUCUGAAACUGGACAACAAUUGCUCCAGAAACUCUUGAGAACAAAAAACCUUCAGCUUGCUGCCCAGCGGCCCUCUGAUGGCAUCCACAAUGAGAUCAAUGGCCACAUCAACAGCAAGCUGGCAAUGCUGGAACAAAAACUUCAAGGGACACCACGAAAUAUGGAGGAUUUGCAGUCUAUAAGCAAAAGGGCUCCGCCACAAAAGCCAAAGCGCACCAAUAAAGCACCUGGAGACCGUGGGCCUAAUGCACGGAAAAAGAAUAAGAAGGAAGAAGUUGGAAAGAGUGCUGAAGCACUUAUAAAGCAACUAAAACAGGGUCUGUCUCUGCUGCCCUUGAUGGAACCUUCUAUCACAGCAAGCCUGGAUCUCUUUGCUCCGUUUGGGAGCAGCCCAGUCAAUGGAAAAGCCCAACUCAAAGGAUCCUUUGGAAAUGCAAUGCUGGACAAUAUCCCGGACUACUAUUCCCAGUUACUCACAAAGAGCAACCUCAGCAACCCACCAACACCUCCAUCUUCGCUACCCCCGACACCGCCGCCUUCUGUACAGCACAAGCUGCUCAAUGGAGUGACUCCUGGGGAGGAUUUCUCUCAGGGUCAGAAAAAUGCAGAUUCCAAAAGCAAACCGAUAGAAGCAGUUACAGAGGAGACAAAGAGUGUAGACAUUCUUGCGGCGCUUCCCACACCACCCCAUAACCAGAAUGAGGACAUCAGGAUGGAAAGUGACGAUGAGGAUGCUCCUGAAAGCAUCAUUCCGGCAUCCUCCCCGGAGAGUAAUGUUGGAGAGGAAACCCCACGAUACCCAAACCUGCGGGAGCCAAAGGAAGAGGAGACGGAGAGAGCAAUAUCGCCUGUGAUUCCCCUCAUUCCUCGCACGGCGAUACCAGCGUUCUCAGAGAACAAACCUUUUGAGGCAGAUGACGGAAGAGCGCUUUCCAUAUCCAACCACUGGGAUAAGGCCAAAAGUAAUGAGGUGGCUGUUACCUUCACGUUGUCCUCCUUGGCAGCCAAGAAACUGAACCAUGUGAUGAUGGCAAUGGCCCAACUGCUCAAGAUAAGGAUGCCAGGUUCAUAUGAGGUGACCUUCCCUUCCCAGAACCCUGAUAUGCCCGGAGUGGAUGAUCCUGGGAAAGUGCCUGUACAGUCAGGUGCUGUGUGUCAAAAGGACAGUGCCUCAUCCAGUCAGGAUGAGUGGUUGAGGCAAUUUGACGUGUCUCUGCCUGGCUGCACAUUAAAGAAACAGGUGGACAUUCUGGCACUGAUUAAACAGGAAUUCCCAGAUCAUGAAGACAAGAGAGUCCAGCACUGUUAUACCACCAAUGUAAAUGACUUGGAUGUGCGCCACCUUCCGAUUAUACCAGUGGAGGAAUCCCCGCCUCCGUCGCCAUCCCCUCCUCCUCCUUCCUCCCAAGCUCCACUUCCACCUCAUGAGGUCGAAUCCUCUAAAAAGUCAGCCUUCUCAUCCCCCUUGCCUGCCACUCUGACCGCUGCCCAGAUCAAGAUGGAGCCUGAGCACGAUGGCGCUGGUCCUCUUGUAGAAUACGUUGACGUGACGAUGUCGACGGUUGCGGCUCCAGAGACGGCCUCUGAUCCAACGUCUAACCCCGCAGGUCCUGAUUCCACUGUUCCCCCAGAAGAUCCUCUCACUUUUGCUGCCAAGGAGGAAGAAUCGGUCAGCGAUGCUCUCAUGACAGAUUGUCCCAGCCCGCUGGAGUCCUCGCUCAAGGCCAUAAUGCAACGCAGGCCUCUCUCUCCUGAUGAGGACGUCUUACUCCCCAAUGUGAAAAAAUGGAAAGGGAUUCGCUGGAAGCGGCUGCAGAUUGUCAUCUCCAUCCGCAAGGGUGGCUCCAAGAAAGAGAGCAGCCGCGAGGUGUCUGAACUGAUGGAGCGCCUCCGCAUUACUCUGCGACCCGAGAGGUUGCCACGGGAUAAACGCAAAUGCUGUUUCUGCCACGAAGAGGGUGACGGUGCCACGGACGGGCCUGCCCGCUUGCUGAACAUCGAUGUGGACCUAUGGGUGCACCUCAACUGUGCCCUUUGGUCUACCGAGGUCUACGAGACGCAAGGCGGUGCGCUUAUCAAUGUAGAGGUGGCGCUGCGUCGCGGAUUGCGCACUCUGUGCGCGUGCUGCCAGAAAACGGGCGCCACCAACAGCUGCAACCGACUGCGCUGCCCAAAUGUCUACCACUUUGCCUGCGCCAUUCGGGCCCGCUGCAUGUUCUUCAAAGACAAAACCAUGUUGUGCACCCAGCACAAGCUGAAGGGCCCCAGCGAAGACGAGCUCCUCUCGUUCGCCGUUUUACGGCGGGUCUACAUCGAGCGAGAUGAGGUCAAGCAGAUAGCCAGCAUCUUGCAGCGAGGGGACCGCGUCCACCUUUUCCGCGUCGGUGGUCUCAUCUUUCACGCCGUCGGUCAGCUGCUUCCCUCUCAAAUGGCCAUCUUCCACUCGCCCACGGCCAUCUUCCCCGUCGGCUAUGAGGCCACUCGCAUCUACUGGAGCACGCGUGUGCCCAACAAGCGCUGUCGCUACCGUUGUCGCAUCAGCGAGGAUGAUGGCCGCCCCUUGUUUGAGGUGCGUGUUCUGGAACAUGGCAUGGAGGAUUUGCAGUACCGUGACAAGACUCCGCAAGGAAUCUGGGAACAGGUCGUUCACAAGGUUGCCAAACUCCGAGAUGAUUCGUCCAUGCUGAAACUCUUCACUGAACACGUCAAAGGAGAAGAUAUGUUUGGCCUCACGAUUCAUGCUGUCAUGCGCAUCACUGAAUCGUUGCCUGGAGUGGAGAACUGCCACAACUACCAGUUCCGAUAUGGCCGUCACCCACUGAUGGAACUGCCUCUCAUGAUUAACCCCACCGGUUGUGCUCGCUCAGAGCCCAAAGUCCCCACGCAGUGCAAGAGGCCUCACACCUUGAACAGCACCAGCGUGUCCAAGGCGUACCAGAGCACCUUCACCUGCGAGAUGAACACGCCAUACAGCAAGCAGUUUGUCCACUCCAAGUCCUCGCAGUAUCGGCGCCUGAAGACCGAGUGGAAGAACAACGUGUACCUGGCUCGCUCUCGCAUUCAGGGCCUGGGUCUGUACGCCGCGAAAGAUCUGGAGAAGCACACCAUGGUCAUCGAGUACAUCGGCACAGUCAUCCGCAAUGAGGUGGCCAACCGCCGGGAGAAGGUCUACGAGUUGCAGAACCGUGGUAUCUACAUGUUCCGCAUCAACAACGAGCAGGUGAUUGACGCCACUCUGACUGGUGGCCCAGCUCGCUACGUCAACCACUCGUGCGCGCCCAACUGUGUCGCUGAGGUUGUGACGUUCGACAAAGAGGACAAGAUCAUCAUCAUUUCCAGUCGCCGAAUCCCCAAAGGAGAGGAGCUGACCUACGACUACCAGUUUGACUUUGAGGAUGACCAGCACAAGAUCCCGUGCCACUGCGGAGCCUGGAACUGCCGAAAAUGGAUGAACUGAGACGAAGGAAGGAAGGAAGGAAGGAACGAAGGUGGAGCCUCGCCUCGCCUCCUUUCUGCGCCAAAGCCUUUUUUAAUUUGUUUGUUUUUAAACUUGACUUUGCCAGUACAUAAGCUGCUCUCCCCCAAGUGGAGGAAGGCUGGCCUCCAUCUUGGGACGACCCCAAGUGACAGUUGAGCGUGUAGCCAAAGGUUUGACGAGCAUUAAUCAACAUACCACCACCACCUCCUCCACAACACCAGGGCAGUCCCUUUUUUUCUUUUCUUUGCCCGUACAUGUUUUUUUGGUUGGCUAAAACCCUCUUGAAAAAAAAAAUGAGAACAAUCAUGUCAACAAGCACCAUGCAUCAACAGCAGCGACAAAAAUCAAGACACAAAGAAGCCAUUUUAAAAUACUACUAAUGCAUUUUCUUGUUUUAAGUUGGACCUAAAGUACUUCCUCUCUCAUCUGCAAUCACAUCAAUGAAGACAACGUGGACGUUGGCUAGCGAGACAAUCUUGGUUGGAAAAAAAAAAAAAAAGUUGUAGUGACUCCGGAGGCGCCCAUGCUCCUCUUGAACCGUGCACAGUCCUAAAAGGCUUGUUGGACCCGGUCUACCUCAUUGAUUGGAGCGGGAAGUGACUGCUUUGUAUAGAAACAAGAAAAAAAAGAAAAAAAAAGACGAAACUGUUAACUGCUACUGUGGAAUGAAAGGGGGUCUGGAGGGACUGUCCUUGGACAAGCAGGGAAUCUUAAGCAGCAGGUUUGCGCUGUCUACUCUAUGCUGAUGAUCAUUUACUAUACGGAGCCACCUUGAUGAUGAUGAUGAUGAUGAUGAUUCAUCAUGACUUAUUUAUACAGAGGAACUCUAUGAGCGUUUUGGAUAAGCAUUCAAACAAAAAGGCAAUCAGAAGCUCAGCGUCACAUCCUGUCUGCCACCAAAUUAUCCGCUUCUUCUUCUUCUUUGCUGUCAGUGGACGCAUGACUACUAAAAUGACCUUUUUCAAUGACGCUCUUGUCCUCUGUCAGAUUUAGCGGACAGAACAUUUUACUGUAGUAGGUCUUCCUUUUGCCUGAGUGCAGCCUGCAGUGUUUCUACUUUCCAGGUGCGUGCGUGCGUGUGUAUGUGCUUUUCUAGGGCCGGUACUCUCCUCCAGGCUGAACUGAUGGCAGGGAAAGACUAAUUGGAUAAAAGGGCAUUUGUUUCCUUGUCUACCUGAGAGUUAUAAGGAAAAAAAAACACGUCUUUAAAGGGAGCUUUAUUAAAAUUUCCCACACUGCUAUAUUCCUCCUCCUCUGGAAAAAAAACAAACAAAAAAAAACCCUACCACCUCACAGGAUGAAAAGAAAAAUGCAAACUUGUAUAAAUGUAUAUAACGGUAUAUGCAUUUGGGGCUUCUGUACCCAGCAAGCCCCUUUGUAAUCAAUAAAGUGUAGAGAAAUCAAAUGGAAGGAGAAAAAAAAUCAACCACUGGAUAUCAUUUUAACAAAGCUGUACAUACGUAUAAAUAUAUGUAAAAUGGCAAACUAAUAUCUUUAUGUAUAUGAACCAGAGCGUUUUUUGCAUUAACCUGUUUUUCUAUGAGUGUUUUUGCUAUAAGCUCUCAGAGGCGAGUUUGUUGACAUAAAACAAAAGCGGUGAGAGUAGAAGACGAGGUGCCGGCAAAAAGGAUCUGUGUGUUGAAUGCACAUCACACAGCAGUGCAUAGCAUUUGUAUUUAUGGAAUAUGUUGGGUUGUUGUUUUUUUCUUUUGUAUUUAUGCUUACCAAAUCAUGACCCUUCUUUGCCUCCAAUUGGAUGAAUAUACCCACGAAUGGAAAGAAGCUUUCCUUCUGUCGUCAUGCUUCUUUUUGUCUCUUUUUCCCUCUAGAAGUGAAUGUGUUGUGUAAUGGUUACUUGGCAGACCCAACUCAUCCCCAGACUUCACCUGCUCAUGAAUUGCACUCUCUCCUAAAUCUCAAGAUCUUGCCAUCCAUAUAUAUAUAUUAUGGCGACAUUUGCUCAAGUGGAUCAAGUAUCCCAAGCAGUGAUUUUACUUGUGCUUUUGCUAUGUUUCAAUUUCAAGGGAAGACCAUAAUGAGACCUAACGCCUCUCACUGGAUUUUAAACCUGAGACAUGUUCAGCCUUUUUGAAAUCUUAAUUUAAGUUUUCUUCAUAUCUUAUAAUUUAAUAAAUAUUUGCUCAAAUUGAUUUUUUUUUUUAAACAUCACCUACUUUUUAAAAAAGAUGUUGCCUCUGUACAGCAGAUAUACUUUUAGGGAUGACAAAUAAAUAUAUUGAUUUUUAAUUGUAAGUGGCAUGUUUUGUAUGAAAAUUCUUUUGAAUUGUACAUAUUUUUUUCAGGAAGCCAGAGGUUUCUUUAUAUACAGCUUCCCACUCUUUCCCCAAUGCCCUGUCAUAUUUGUCUGCUUUUGUUUCUUGUAAACUGAAAUAAAAAUGCAUUUUAAAUAUA